AGUAGAGCGCUUGGCUGCAGCAACUACAGUUCAUUCAAAUCCAAAACAUUGUAUAAUACCGCUCUAGAGAUGAUUUACUAUAGGUGUUUUGAGAGUUUCGUAUUAUUGCUGGUGUGGCUAUUGGUGCAGUGUCCUUUAAUUAUUGCAAAGCUGCCGUCCACAAUUACACCAUGCGCCCGCAAUGAACCUCUUUUGGAGCGCUGUAUCAUUAACGCUGUGUACCAAAUAAGGCCUUUACUAGGGCAUGGCAACCUGGGGGAUGGCUUCACAAUACCUCCAUUAGAACCGUUGUCCCUAGAUAAUAUUGAACUCAGAUUAAGUAGCCAAUUUCAAGCUGUUUUCACGGAUCUUGAAGCUAACGGAGGGAGUAACUUUGUCAUUGAACGCCUUAUUGCCAAACCGUUAGACACAUCGUACGAUCUCUGGAUUACACUUCCGCGCAUAGACUUUAGAGGGAAGUACUCGCUGCAUCUGAAUUUGCUACUCCUAGACAUAAAAGGAAGAGGAAACAUGCAGGGACAUUGCGAAAACGCAAAAGCAUUCGUUAAAAUACGUGGCUCUCGGUAUCUGCGAAAUGGCAAAGACUAUGUGAAAUUUACCAAGAUGACCAUGCGCAUUGAUUUUAAGACUUUUAAAUUAAACCUGGCAAACCUGUUUAGCGGCGAUAGAGUGUUGGGUGACGUAGGAAAUAGACUUAUUAACAACAAUCAAGAAUUAUAUCUGAAAGAGAUUGAGACAAGCAUAGAGCACAGUCUUUCGAAAAAGUUUUUAGAUGUGGCAAAUAAAAUCCUUGCCAGCGCCACAUUCGAUGAGAUGUUCCCCCACGGAAAGACGUUUAUCAAUCCGAUUACACACCCGCCCAGAUUACCAUCAUCGGGAGUCAGUCCAGCAAUAUUUUAAGUUCAAAAUCCCGAAGGAAGUAUUUCACAUAGUGUCCUUUUAAAAUUUAUUUGAAUUAAAUACACAUUUUCUAGGUCAAUAUUAGGGAUAAUCACACUAUAAAAAAAAAUUGAUAAUUAUAAUGUGUUUAUUGUGUUUUUAAAUUGUAUCAACUAUUUCUUAGUUAGAUGAAAUUAUGAAAAAUACAACAUUUUUGUGAAAUUAUGAAAUAAUAUGGUCAGAGCUAUGAAAAAGUUUUA